AUGUCAGACUCGGACCUGCGUCGGUGGAUCAGCGACAACAGUCUGCGCUUCUUCGGCCUCUCGCAGUCUUCGAUCAUCGACUUUAUCCAGGUGUCCGCCUCGUCAGCCGCAACGCCCUCGGACCUCUUCCAAAGUCUCACCUCGCUCGGGCUGCCAUCUACCGAAGAUGCGCGUGGAUUUGUCCAGCAGCUCCAUCAGCGCGUGCCCCGCGCCAGUCACAGUCGCAGCAGCGCAGCGCCCAAGACGGCCGCCAGUCAGGAUGGCGCGAAGAGCAAGAAGCGGUACGGGCUGCUGCUCGACGACGAUGGUGAAGAGGAGCUCGCGAUCAAGCCCGAAAAGAAGAAGAAGAAACGGAAGGAGGUUAAAGAGCCAGCUCCAGCAGAGGCUACAUCGUCAAGGCCAUCUCGAUCUCCCAGCCCGCGUCGUUCGCCAUCGGGCGCAGGCUCCGACGACGAGUCUCGCGAGCUAGCUCGGCUCAAGGACCUGGCCGAACGCGACGAGUUCGCGCGACGCAUGCGCGACAAGGACAAGAGCAGCACACGCAACAUGGUCGAAGACCGCACAUCUUCGCGCAACCCCGAAGCUGCAGCGCGCCGACUGUUGGCCGAAGACGACGAGGCGCGUUCAGCCGCGAUGCCCAGUCUGCGCGACCGCUCCCGCCAAGAGUACCUCGCGAAGCGCGCGCAGCAGCGCAUGGAGCUGCUGCGACUCGAGAUCGCAGACGAAGAGCGAUUCUUCCGCGGAAUGAAGAUGACCCGACGCGAGCAGCGCGAUCUGGACUACAAGAAGGAGGUGCUGCGUCUCGCCGAGGAGCGCGCGCGCAUCGACGAUGCCGACGCAGGCUACGUCAUGCCCGAAGACUACAUCACCGAAAAGGGCAAGCUGGAUACGGCAAAGAAAGAGCAGGCGCUGUACCAGCGCUACAACGAUGCACGCGCCGAGCGGCUUGCGCAGUCGCACGCCACCGACGCCGAGAUCUUUGAAAAGGAGCAGAUCGAUCGCUCGCGCUACGUGCCUGAACCAGCCAAUGAAGCGGCCACAGAGCUCGUGGAGCAGUACGACUACGUGUUCGACGAGACACAAACCAUCCAAUUCGUCGUCGAGUCGCAGAUGGCCGGCACGACGACGAUGAGCGCAAAGGAUAAGCUGCUGCAGCAGCAGAUUGACGAGGCCGAGACGAAAGCAGCCAAGAUCCAGGCGACGCGCGAGUCGCUGCCCGUGUAUGCGCUGCGCCAGGAACUGCUCGACGCCAUCGCCGAGUACCAGGUGCUGAUCGUCGUUGGCGAGACUGGGUCGGGCAAGACGACGCAACUGCCCCAAUUCCUGCACGAAGCUGGCUACACCAAGGACGGCAAGAAGGUCGGAUGCACGCAGCCACGUCGUGUCGCAGCGAUGAGCGUGGCGGCGCGCGUGGCCGAGGAGAUGGGCGUCCGCCUCGGCAGAGAGUGCGGCUACAGCAUCCGUUUUGAGGACUGCACGUCCGAUGAUACGGUGAUCAAGUACAUGACCGACGGUAUGCUGCUGCGAGAGUUUCUCACCGAGCCCGACCUCAGCUCGUACUCUGCACUCAUCAUCGACGAGGCGCACGAGCGCACGCUUAGCACUGACGUGCUCUUUGGGCUCGUGAAGGAUAUCGCGCGGUUUAGGCCGGAUCUGAAGCUGCUCAUUUCGAGUGCCACGCUCGACGCCGAAAAGUUCAGCGAGUUCUUCGACGAUGCACCCAUCUUCAACGUGCCCGGUCGACGAUAUCCCGUGGAUAUCCACUACACGCCGCAGCCCGAGGCGAACUACCUGCACGCCGCCAUCACGACCGUGUUCCAGAUCCACACCACCCAACCGCGCGGAGACAUUCUGGUCUUCCUCACUGGUCAGGACGAGAUCGAUGCGGCCAUGGAGAAUCUGCAGGAGACGAGUCGGGCGCUGGGCAACAAGAUCGCCGAGCUCAUCGUGUGUCCGAUCUACGCGAAUCUGCCGAGCGAGAUGCAGGCCAAGAUCUUUGAGCCGACGCCCGAGGGUGCACGCAAGGUGGUGCUCGCCACCAACAUCGCCGAGACCUCGAUCACGAUCGAUGGCGUCGUGUUUGUCAUCGACCCGGGCUUUGUCAAGCAGAACUCGUACAACCCGCGCACGGGAAUGUCGUCGCUGACGGUGGUGGCGUGUUCGCGCGCGUCUGCAAACCAGCGUGCGGGCCGCGCUGGCCGCGUCGGGCCAGGCAAGUGCUUCAGGCUGUUUACAAAGUGGGCGUUUAAGAACGAGAUGGACGAAAACACAACACCGGAAAUCCAACGCACCAAUCUGGCCAACGUGGUGCUACUGCUCAAGUCGCUGGGGAUCAAUGAUCUGCUCAACUUUGACUUUCUCGAUCCGCCGCCGACUGACACGCUCAUGCGGUCGUUUGAGCUGCUGUACGCGCUGGGUGCGCUCAACGACAAGGGCGAGCUGACCAAGUUGGGCCGACGUAUGGCCGAGUUCCCCGUGGACCCUCAGCUGUCCAAGGCGAUCCUGGCAUCGGAGCAGUACAGAUGCACGGAGGAGGUGCUAUCGAUCGUCUCGAUGCUAUCCGAAUCCUCGGCGCUCUUCUUCCGACCGAAGGACAAAAAGAUGCAUGCGGACCGGGCACGUGCUGCCUUUGUCCGCACGGGCGGCGACCACUUUACGCUGCUUAACGUAUGGGAGCAGUGGGUGCAGAGCAACUACGACCACGCCUUUUGCAUCGACAACUUUGUGCAGCCCAAGGUGCUUGCGCGCGUGCGCGAUGUGCGCGACCAGCUCGCCCAACUCUGCGAGCGCGUUGAACUUCAGCCCGAGGCCAAUGCCGAUCCUGCCGACAUUUCGGGGAUUCAGAGGGCCAUAUUGGCGGGCUACUUUAUGAACACGGCGCGAUUGCAAAAGGGCGGCGAGACGUACCGCGCCAUCAAGCAGAAUACGUCGAUCUGGGUGCAUCCGUCCAGCUGCCUGUACAAGCAGAUCCCCCAACCCGGGUUUCUGUGCUACUUUGAGCUGGUGGAGACCAGCAAGAAUUUCAUGCGCCAGGUGAUGCAGAUCAAGCCCGAGUGGCUGCUCGAGGUCGCCAAGCACUACUUUACCAAGGACGACGUGCAGGACUCGGCCAAGACGAGCCACUACAAGGGCAAGACUGCCAGCGGCGCGGCGCUCACCCGUACAUGA